UUGCCUCGCUUAGGACGCUGGGGGAAUGAGGCCGGUGGCGGUGUGGGAACAUGGCGGCGUUGGGCGCGUUGCUGGGUAGAGUUGCGGGCGGGAGCCCUUUUGCUGCUUGGCAGAGUCUUGCAAAAUACAAAGUGGAACCAAUCACCUGGAGGGUGUGGAUCAGGCAGAAAUUUACAAGGUCAAGAAUUCCCGAAUCGGUAUUUCAGCCGCGGCCUGGUGAUCAUGAAAAAUAUGGGGGUGAUCCACAGCAGCCCCAUAAACUGCACCUUGUGACCAGAGUCAGAAGUGGAAGAAGGCGUCCUUAUUGGGAAAAAGAGAUAAUCAAAUUUCUUGGAUUGGAAAAAAGAUAUGAGCUAAGAGUGCAUAAAAACAUCCCUUCUGUGAAUGAAAAACUGAAAGUGAUUAAACAUCUAAUAAGCAUAAAGCCAUUAAAGCUGCCCCACGGAAUUCCAUCUGAAGAAGAAAUGUCUGAUACCUAUAUUAACAGUGAAGGUGAACUAAUAAUUCGCCGUCGUCUAAAAGAACUGGAACAGAAAAAGAUUGAUGCUUUGUAAUGUGUAGUCCCAUUUUGUACAAUAAAUGUAAUUUUAAACUGAAAUUUGAUUGGGGAGCUCAUCUACACAUCCCUUGUACUGUGUCAAGGCUUUAUUUGACUGAUUAAUCAAACAUGGCUAGUACUAAUGCUGAUUAUACAAGCAUUUCAUCAAGCUUCACUGUAUGUGUACAUAAUUCCUUACUGUUUGCCUAUUGGAAGCACCAUAGUAGGUCUCAAAAGUUUCUCCCUCCAGGGAUCACUUUUCCACAGUGACUUGUUUGCUGAGAAACUCCCUAAAGAACCAAUGGAGUCUGAAAUGUGUAAGAUUAAUAAAAGCCUUUCUUGCCUCCCC